UGAAUUGUUUCUAAUUUUUUGUUCUUAUAAAUAGAGUUAAUGUGAUCAGCAUCAUGCAUAUGCUUCCCAAAACGUGCGUGCCCAUUUGUCUAUGAUGAAAAAUGGAAGAAGUAGAAUUCUUUGGAAGAAGAGCAUGCACAUUUACAUUUUAAUAGACAAUGCCAAGUUUCCUUCUAAAAAGAUCAUACUAAUUUAUAAUUUCACCAAUAAUAUAAAGCAAAAUCCUUUAUAUGACACAGAAAGAUGCAAGGUAUUCCAGUGUGAUCUGACGAAAGAUGAUCUUCUGGAUCAUGUACCAACAGAAUCUGUGGAUGUUGUUAUGUUGAUAUUUGUGCUCUCAGCUAUUCAUCCUGAUAAGAUGCACCUUGUCUUACAAAACAUUUACAAGGUAUUAAAACCAGGAAAAAGUGUCUUGUUUCGUGACUACGGGCUGUAUGAUCAUGCUAUGCUUAGGUUUAAAGCCGGCAGCAAACUUGGAGAAAACUUUUAUGUUAGACAAGAUGGGACCAGAUCAUAUUUUUUUACUGAUGCAUUCCUGGCCCAGCUCUUUAUGGACACAGGUUAUGAAGAAGUGGUAAACGAGUAUGUGUUUCGAGAGACGGUGAAUAAAAAAGAAGGCCUGUGUGUGCCGAGAGUUUUCCUUCAGAGCAAAUUUCAAAAGCCUCCUAAGAACCCAUCUCCUGUGAUCCUGGGCCUGGAUCGUAAGUCCUGACCUUUCAUGAGGAUGGCAUUCAUACCUCCCCUUGAAGAGGAAAUUUAAAAUUACUCUUUUGGCUGGGCACGGUGGCUCAUGCCUGUAAUCCCAGCACUUUGGGAGGCCAAGGUUGGGGGAUCACCUGAGGCCAGGAGUUCGAGACCAACCUAGCCAACAUGUUGAAACCCCAUCUGUACUAAAAAUACAAAAAAAUUAGCUGGGCACGGUGGCGGGUGUGUGUAAUCCCAGCUACUCGGGAGGCUGAGGCAGGAGAGUCGCUUGAAGCUGAGAGGCGGAGGUUGCAUUGAGCCGAGAUCAUGCCACUGCACUCAGCCUGGGCAACAGAGUGAGACCCUGUUUCAUAAAUAAAUAAAUAAAUAAAAUUACUCUUUUUACUUUAUAUAUUUUUUGAGACAGGAUCUUGUGGUGUUCAGGCUGGAGUGCAAUGGUGUGAUUGCAGCUCAUUGUAGCCUUGACCUCCCUGGGCUCUAGUAAUCCUCCUGUCUCAGGCUCCUGAGUAGUUAGGACUACAGGCGUUGGCCACCAUGCCUGGCCCUUAAUUUUUUUUAAUGAGUAGGUGUGGUAGUCCACCUUUAUCCAUGGUUUCACGUAACACAGUUUCAAUUACCUGUUUUCAACAGCAGUCAGUUACUUAGAUAUUUUGAGGUAAGUUAUAGGCUCAUGACUAUAACCCUAGCAUUUUGGAAGGCUGAGGCCAGGAGAACGCCCAGGCGUUCAAGACCAGUGUGGGCAACAUGGUGAAACCCUGUCUCUAUAGAAAAUACAAAAAUUAGCCAGACAUGGUGGCAUGUGGCUGUAGUCCCAGCUGGGGUGGGAGGAUGGCUUGAGCCUGGAAGGUGGAGGUUGCAGUAAGUCGAGAUCAUGCUAUUGCACUGCAGCCUGGGCAACAAAGCGAGAAUGUGUCUCAAAAAAAAAAAAAAAAAGAUAUUUUGAAGGAGAUAUCACAUUCACAUAACUUUAUUACAGUAUAUUGUUAAAAUUGUUCUUUUGUUAGGAUUUGGUGCCAUCUGUGAUUUCAGGCCACCACUGGGGGUUUUGAAACAUAUCUCCCACAGAUAAGGGGGAACUACUAUGUACUUUUUGUAUUAAAGAAUAGGAAGUGUAUGUGUAUGUGUUAAGGACCUGUAAAUAAAACUUCAAGGCCUGAAAAGUAAUGAAAGUUUUAUAGAAUGACAUAAUUUAGCCAUGUCGUUCACUGUAAAAUUCCACAAAGAAAAGCCUAAGGAGUCCGUAGUACGUAGAGAUCCGUGUCAUUACUCAUGUGACUCUGUGAGUGUUCCCCUCCUCCAGGCAGCAUGUCAAACGGACAGUGUGGAGAAAAAUGAGGCCAAGUAGACUAAAAUAAGAUACUCAUAUAUAUUUUUAGCCUAAAGGAUUGUUCUCUCUUCUUUUUCCAGUGUCAUAUUUGCCCAUUGGUCUCUACUUUAGUUCAUUUAUAUAUUUCUCAAAACCAGUUUUCCACAAAUACCACUUUUGCUCUGUCUGUGCUCAAGAACUCUCCAUGGCUCCCUGCCUGAUUGUUGAGACCCCCUAUCAUUGGGCCAGUUCCUUGCCACACUGUUUGCCCUGGGAGAGAGAGGGGAUGGCUACCACCUGUCCUCCCCUCUGCUCCAUUUGUCCAGUGCUGCUUCUCUAAGAUGGCUGGUGUCUAGUUUAGAGUUAGAAUUUCAGAGUUGAGAGGGGCGUUAGAAUGGACUGUUCCAGCUCCCUCUUGGUAAAUGAGGAAGCAGUAGCAAAAGGUAAAUGAUGAGCCCAAAGCCAUGUAGCUAGUGUUGUGGAAUAUGGGGAAAUCCCUAAGUUGGUCUACUGACCUGCUUCCCAAUCAUUGCCUUAUAAUGUCUUUUCCUCUAUGAAGUAAAAUCCAGGUUCUUUUGUCCUGCUCACAAGAGUUAAGCCUGUAAACCUUUCUAUUUGCCUUUCUGUAGAAAGCUGUUUGUGAGAACACCGUCUUGAGUACGUAACUGGACUGUGUGCAGCAGGCCUGGGCCCUUCAACUCCAACCACGUCUGGAGGAUGGGUUCCAGAUUGAAGGGUUGGAUAAUAGUCAUAGUUACUGUACAAUCAGAAUAAAUCCCCCUGGCUCCUGAAGAGAAGAGGGACAGGCAGCAGGGCUCAGACUGUGCUUGCUGGGCUUUGUGAUUCUGCCAUCAGUCCUCAACUUCUUGGAAGGCGCUGAUAGAACUUAUAAAGAAAGAGGACCUAAAGGGGUCCUCACUGGCCUUCUCACAGUGAGAGUCCAGCCCUGCCCAAAAGCAGCCUCAAGGUCCCCGCUUUCAGUCCAGUGCUCUCUCCCAAAGCCCCAUCCACCAAGUGAAACCCACUUCAGCUUCAGCUCUAGAUGCUGUCCCCUCCGCAGUAGUCCUUUCACCUGUGUCUCUGCUAAGUCUGGUCAAUGUUUCUUGGAUUUUACUGGCUAGCUGGAUAAAGACAGGCCAUUUAAAGUAGAAAAGUGGGAGCUUGGGUGAUGUAGCAAGACCCCAUCUCUAUGAAAAAAAAAAAAAAAGAAAAAGAAAAUUAGCCAGGUGUAGUGGUGUACUCCUGUAGUCCCAGCUACUCAGGAGACUGAGGUUAAAGGAUUGCAUGAGCUUAGGAGUUAGAGGCUGCAGCAAUGGAGUGAGCCAUUAUCACUCCACUGUAUUACAGCCUGGGUGCAGAGCGAGACCCUGUCUCCAAUUUAAAAAAAAAAAGGAGCAAGGAGCAAUAUAGUGUAGUGUAGUGUAGUGUAGUGUAGUGUAGUGUAGUGUAGUGUAGUGUAGUGUAGUAGGAUAAGCCUGUGCUUUUGUUAUCAGAAGUUACUUGGAAUUUUGUCCUCAUUCCUUAACCUGUUUGAACCUCACAUUCCUCGUUUUUAUAAUGGGGAUAACUACUAACUCAAAAGUGUUCAGAGGAUUAAAGGAAGUACAUAUAUAUGGCACAUAAGUAUCAUUUCCCUCAAUCUUCAUUUUUUGAGCAUAAAAGUUAUACAUACGGAAAAGUGUACAAAUCAUAAAUAUUUAACUCACUGACAUCACAAAGUGAGCACACCUGUGUGAUGCGUCCAGUGUGACUGGCACCCCAGAAACCUCCCCAUCUCUGUGUCUCAUUCCAGUCGCUGUCCCCGCAAGGAUGUCCUCUAUUCUGAAGGCUAACAACAGAAAGUAGUUUCUCUUCUAUUUAAAAUUCUCCCACAAAGAGUUCAAGGACAACUUACAAAAAUACAAAAAUUACAUGAUUUUAAGUAAGGAAACUGGGCUAAAGGAAAAAAUAAGUUGAGCCCAGGAAAGUAACCUUAUCCAUACACACUGCGUUACAGGAGGUCUUAUAAACUUAAGGAUAAAUAACCAAUUUUGCUUCCUAGUAGUCAGUGUAAAGAGGGAAACAAGAUCAAGUCCAGGCUCCAUGCGAUAAACCUGAGGCUGCUACACCUAAUCUGGAGAUCUAAGGAACCUUUCCCUCUAGUUCCCAUAAAGAGAACACUAUAACAUAGCAAACUUAACAGCUUUACCAAUAAUAAACACAAGUAUCAAA